UGGGUGGGAAAGUGGGAUCCGAGCUAUCGGCGAUCCGUGUAAGCGCGACAUUCACAGCAGAGGCACGGAGCGACCCGCCUUAAUUGAGUCCACAAAGGGACGGAGCCAGCACACAGCGGACACGCUAGGGCUGUCGAGUGCGACUACAAAGAGAGGCUGUUGCCCGAAACGUCGCUUAUAUAUUUUGUUUCCUUUUAAGGCGGUGUCAUCGACGAGCGAGUAUAUAUUUUUUGUGUGACUCGAGUACAGCAGGAGGUGUAACAUCUCGCACGCGAAACGCACGUCCCCUCGACAGCCACACGGUAACCCGUUUGGAGCAGCAGCAUCAUCGUUGUUCCUGCACCCGCACGCACGCACGGGGAGCGUGCACGGCACGAGACCUCGCACGGCAGCUCUGGCAUAGAGCCACUUGGACAGCGAGCCGCAGACGGCGAGCAGGAAGCAGCCACACGCGGGAGAGGCACGGCACGUCCAGUGCACCUCGAGUCACCGAACGAACGAGCAGGCACAGCGAGACGCACGCGGAGGAGACGGCACCACGAUGUCGUCUCGUGUCCACUCGCCUCUCUCGCCGCCGCUGUCUUGCUUGGGCUACGGGCGUCUGCUGCUGCAUCGUCAGCUGCAGCUGCUCCUGCUGCUCCUCCUGCUGCUGCUGCCGGCACUGCUGCUGGGUGGCUCCGGCGUGAGCGCUGGCGGGGAUGCCGGAGGCUCGGCGCGGGCUUGCGGGGCGGUGCGCCAGGCGUACGCGGCGCGGGGGCUCCCUGCCAGGGGGGUGCCGUCCCACGAGAUGGCGGGCGAGCACCUCAAGGUGUGCCCGGCGCGCUACACCUGCUGCUCGAGCGAGAUGGAGGAGAAGCUGUCGCGCGCCGGCCGCUCGGAGACGGAGGCCCGCGUGGAGGAGGCUGGCCGCCUCCUCUCCGCCAACUUCAGUGCUCGCCACCACAAGUUUGACGAGUUUUUCAAGGAGCUGCUGGAGAACUCCGAGCGCUCGCUACACUCCAUGUUCUCCCGCACGUACGGCGUCCUCUACGUCAAGCACCUGCACCUCUUCUCCGACCUCUUCAAGGACCUGCGGCGCUACUACGAGGGCGCCGGCGCCAACCUGCAGGAGUCGCUCACCGAGUUCUGGUCGCGCCUGCUCGAGCGGAUAUUCGCGCUGCUGCACCCGCACUACGAGCUCUCCGAGUCGUACCUCGAGUGCGUGAGCAAGAACUCGGACGAGCUUCGUCCCUUCGGCGACGUCCCGCGCAAGCUGCGGCCCCAGCUCACGCGUGCCCUCGUGGCGGCACGCGCCUUCACGCAGGGCCUGGCCCUGGCCCGCGACACGGCGGCCCGCAUCGCCAAGGUGUCUCUGUCCUCCGAGUGCAUCAGAGCCCUCACCAAGCUGUGGUUCUGCCCCUACUGCCGCGGGGUGCCGCAGCUCAAGCCCUGCCGCAACUACUGCCUCAACGUCAUGAAGGGCUGCCUCGCCAACCAGGCCGACCUCAACGUCGAGUGGAACAACUUCAUCGAUGCCAUGCAGCUGGUGGCCGACCGUCUGGAGGGGCCUUUCAACAUUGAGGCGGUGGUCGACCCCAUAGACGUCAAGAUCUCAGAGGCCAUCAUGAACAUGCAGGAGAAUGCUGUGCAGAUCACCACACAGGUGUUUGCGGGCUGCGGGCAGCCAAAGGUGAGCGCGGCCGGAGGGGGCGCUCGAGACGACGGGCCGGGCUCGCGGAGAACGGCACGCGGCACGGGGGACGCGCCGAGCCACCGCUUCCGAGGGUACAACCGGGACGCGCCGCGUCCCACCACCGCCGCCGGCACCAGCCUGGACCGCCUGAGGAACAAGUGGAGAGAAUUCCAGCAAGGCGUGGUGGACGUGAAGGAGCGGCUGCGGCAAGCCAGGUCGUUCUGGGCGACGCUCCCCUACGCCGUGUGCUCUGAGGAGCACGCGGCCGGCCUCGUCGAUGACAAGUGUUGGAACGGACAGAUGCGCGGGCGCUACCUGCCGGACGUGAUGAUGGACGGGCUGGCGAACCAGAUCAACAACCCGGAGGUGGAGGUGGACAUCACGAGGCCGUCGGCGCUGGUGCGGCAGCACAUCAUGGCGCUGCGCGUCGCGACCAACCGUCUGAGGAACGCCUACAGCGGCAACGACGUCGACUUCCAGGACAACGGCGAUGACAGCAGCGGCUCUGGAAGCGGCUGCAUGGAGGAGCCAUGCUCGCCGGACUUCGAGUCGUCGGGAACCGAGAGCCCGGGCUCUCAGAAGAAUGUUCCUCGCCUCUCAUCGUCGUCGUCGUCAUCGUCAGCGACGGGAGCGGCGGCGACGAUGGCGACGGCCCUGUUGACGUUAUCGCCGGGCGGCCGGCUUUUCGUGCUGCUCUUGCCGCCAGUGGCCGCCUGGCUCUGCGCAAGGGGAUGAAGGAAUGAGAUAUAAGGGUGCUGUGCGUGCGUGCGCGCAUGUGUGUGCGCGUGGGUGCGUGUGGAUUGUAAGUACAGGCAAGGUGGGUGUUUAUAUGUCUUGUAACAUACACUGUUGCCAAUUAUGUAUUGCCACUUUUCUUGAUCAACAACUUUAAUAAUGUCUUUAUUCGCCCAGGAAAACGUCGCCGUGUCCCACGACUAGUUUUCAAGAGGGCCCUGCUUAGGAUAAUUGGCAUAUUCCUAAUUUGAGCAUCUUCCCGGCGAGAGGAAACCAGAGUGCUUGGAGAAAACCCAGGCAUUCGAGGGGAUAGCACCGAUUAUUAUUUUCUAACAGAGAGGUGAAUUGGUUGCCACUGGUGAUCGCGGAUUAAAACUUAAAGUACGCGACGCAGAGUGAAACGGACGACACACACUGCUUGCUCCCGUCAUGAAGCUUGCGGUUUCAAGACGUCGCAAAUCAUAAUGGGCAGCAUCUGGGGAAUGGAAAAAUUAUAUAUUUGCCAUAAUCGAGCUUGAUAUGCAGGACAGAUUUUACCCUCUAGUCAGUUCCAAGCCAUUUGAGACUGUGGUGCUCUCAAGCGGUGUUGGGAAAUUGGGUCAAGAACAAGUUGGUAUUUAAAAAAAAAGGCUCACUUUUUAUAAACUGUAUCAUUAUUUAGCUUACGCUAUGCAGAGCUGUUGUGCCGUUUUAAAAGUUAAUGUUUUAAGAGACCUUUACUUUAAUCGGUCUCUUUUGUCGGUACGAUGUCGUUUCAUUGUGAUUCCAAAAGUAAUGUUAUUGUGCUGUUGGCCUGGAAAUGAACAAAAAGUAUACAAGCGCGUGUAUCACAUGAGCUGUGGAUAUCGCGAAUGAUCAGGUAUAGACCAAUACAACAAACAAAAACCCCCGAGGAAAUGUCUGAUCAAUGUACAGUAUUGUUUUCAUGUUCGAAAACCGAGUGGUUUGGCACGUGGGAGACGUAAACCCUGCAGAUUUGUGUUUAUUACUUAAAUUACGUAGAAUCUUUGUUUUAUGUUGCUCACUCGUAAUGAGCAAGAGAAUUAGUUAAGGAGGAAGGAGUUCUGCUACCCAUGUGAGGAUGAUUAAAGAGGACUUCACAUUGUCAUUUAAAAUAUUAUUUUCAUUUGGGCAAGAAUGUUGGCAUUACAAUCUCUCAAAACGUUAUAAGACAGUGAUCGCUCUUCUUAAUAUGUUUGAAUUUUUGACAAAAACAGUUUUCAUAUUUUAAAUUGUGAAUAAUCAAUACAAGUAGUUUUAUUAUUAUUGUUGUGAUCCAUUUAGAACCGGCUCAUGACUUAAAUCUAACAAGAUCACGAAUUGUAACUCUACUCUUCUGCUUCCACACAGCAUGUGCAGGUGAGAGAAGAAUACAUAACUGGAAUGUGAUUGCAGCGGCUUCAUUGGAAUUUAUAAACGCAAGUUGGGAUUUCACUCAAAGACUUCUUCUUAGGCGAACUUUCUAUUCAAAGUAUAACACUAUCAUCAUGCAUUCAAAAUAUAGCAUUAUUACCGUUAUGGAAUCCUUUAAUCAAAGUGUCUCUCUGGUUAAGUGAGCAUGGGGUGGCACGUGUUGACUCGAACAGCCCCGAGCUAGUGGUGGGAAAUUCCACAUUAGUAUGUCGGGGCUAUCCCUUGCAUAGAACAACCACUUUCAACUACCCACAGUGAUACACAUUUUAAUCAUCCAUGGAGGAAUUAUGGCAAAUUAACUGUCCCAAUCCACAACUCGGUUUAAAACUCACGACCUUGUGAGUUGAGCGCUCUAACCAGAGUGCGUAACUUGGCUGACACAAAACAAAAUUUCGAAGAGACGAGCGAUUUAUGAAUUCCAGAGAUUGACGAUUGUGAGCAAAAAAUGCAGGGUAGUCCGUUAAUAGCGAUUCGAAGGCAAAAUGGCAUGGGGCCGCCGUCAGUGUGUACAUUUGCCAUGUGGCUGUGUGGAUGAUUGACCUUAAUGUUUUAAUUGAGUAUUUAUAAGUGGGGCACAGCAAUGUUUGUUUUUAGCAAGGCAGGCCUGUUGAUAACAAGCACCCGGGGCCUAAUUUAUGUCCCUGCUGAAAAGCUGUCUCUGCCAAUGUUUUGCAGAAAAAAAAGGUUUCCACAAACUUUGCCAUUUUUCCACUGAAAAUUGGUGGACAAAGUGGUUCAUAUCAAUCCACCAACACUGACACUGGGCCUUUGGUUAAAUAUAAGCAUUAGUUAUUGAGGUGCAGGGUUUUUUUUCUUUCAAUUCAUAAUCUGAGAAUAAUGCAAGGGACUAUUAUAACAACAUUAAAACAACAAAAUAUCUGCCACCAAAAUGCCCCUGUUGAAAUAGGUUUGCACCUUGCUGAACACGUGCUUGUAACUUAAUAUUUUUUAUUGAUUACGUUUUUUUAUUGUUCCUACACAAAUCACUUCCCCAUUUAAUCAUUUCGUAAAUUGUUUGUUUAUUAACAUUCUAUCUUAUGAGCACUGGCUGGGCAUAAUGAGCGUGUCCUGACUGUCGCACUUAUUACUGGGUUCUUAAAAACGUUAUUUCUUUUUAUUUAACCAGGUGACAGUGCUUUGUUACAGCAAUUAUUUUUGUAAGGAAAGACAAUUUUCGAGGAUAUUUUUUUUACAUCACUGAAAGUCGGUGUUUUCUUUUCAUAUGGUGUUCGUUGGGGCCACGGCACCCAUAUAACAUCGGCCAAUUUUAGCAAAUGAAACCACAGGGUGACUAACGUCCAGCCUCACAGUGGACGACGCACUUUGAUACGAAAAAACACACACGUACCAACCUAGCAAACACACAGGACAUGUGGAGAGUGAAUGUGGGCAUCUCCACAGGGCAGCUGUUGUUUCGUAUUGUUUAGACAAGCGCAAUGCAGAACAUGCAGUUCACGUUUUUUUUAAACAAAUAUUUCUUUCGAUUUUUUUCGGAGCCCUGCAUGAAUUAUAAAUGUAUCACAAUAGCGAAAGAAACGUGGUUUGCAGAACAGAAAUUAAAUCGCAGAAGUCGCAUUUGUAAAUUAAAUAAGUAUUGGCAGACUUAAUCUAGGGAUGUAGAGUGUGUGUUUGGAGUGUGUGUACGAGUUUGGAUUAAGGUAGGAGUGACAUUUAUUCAGCUCUUUUGUCAUACAACCAUAAGGCAAUAUUUGGCUUCAUAGGAAUGAACGAAAAAUGUAUAAUGGACACAAAUAUAGGCAGCCUGUAUUCAAUGCCAUUUAUUUAAUUGCAUGAGAGCCAAAUGAGAAUCAUUACCUAUUUUACAUUAUAUGAUAAUAAUUACACAAUUACCCAGGAGAGCCACACAUACCAGUCAUUCUUAGCUAUUACUGUACUUUGUUGUUAUUGGCAGCGACAUAAAUUUGAAAGGUUUCGGCUGCGACACUGAUGCAUAAUGGUGAAAAUCUUAAGAUGAUAUAGCUAAAUGUUGUGGAUUCAUUCUUCAAACACACCAGUGGGUUGAAGAAGUAACUAAUUGGCAUUUUGUUAACGUGACACAUUUUUUACUGAUUGGCCGUGUCGGGUGGUGGAGGGUUGCGACACAUAAUAACGCGAUCAAACCCAAAAAAUGGUAUUAUGAAUGAUAUAGCUGUACAAGAUCUGUGUGCGACUUAUAACCAUGUGGCGGUUUGACCAAGGGUCAGCCCUCCUAGCUCAGUCCGAAUACCCGCAUGUAUAAGUGCUGCCUCGCGAUUUGGAAUGCACCUUGAUAAUUUUCACCCUGGCCUGAAAGAAUUACUCGUUGGACAGUUUGACAUCAGAAUAAAUGAUGCAUCUUGGGAUGAGAAGUCACAUUCCAUGGGCCGGUUGUAUAAAACACUUGAGGCACAAUUCCCUUGUUGUCGAGGGUGUCUUCAUCCGUGACAUUUCCGUGACAUGGGGAGCACUUUCAUGGAAAUGACUCCAUUCGCGACAAUGGGGCAAUCCGGCGGUGUGAUGUGUUCGAGCCGUUUUGUCAAGUCGUGAAUUUGGCCUCCUUGAAGUGAAAAUUUCCCACGUCGUUUUAAGAACAUAAGUGCGAAAAUAUAACCAAGGCGUUUCAUGCAACUUUUUGCAAUUCAUAUAUAUUGUACCAAUUUAUUUCUGAGAUGCACAACGAUGCGUGUACACAUAUACGGGUACACACAGAUGCAACGAUACCCGAGUCAGACUUGAACACACACUGGUACACGCCUAUCAAGCACAUGUGCGCGGCUACAAAUGAAUGCCUCACAUUUAAUCUCAUAUAAGCGGCUAAGGAAUAUCUUAUUUUUAUUUUCCUAUGUUCGCGUGUGUAAUCAUAUGUGUGUAAUCAUAUGCCGCAAAGGCAUUAACGUCUUUGCGGCAUAUACAUGGUAUGACUUUUAAGAGUGUCCCCAAGUAACAUUUUAUUAUUAAAUAUUCCCUGGCUACACUUUUAAAAGACACACCCUGUACACAUAACGUAUUUUGUUACGUAUAAAUAUAUAAUUAUAUGCUGUAUAAAACCAUAUUUGUACACAUAUAUAAUUAUGUAUAUAUAUGUGUGAAUACUUUAUAAUGUAGGCACAUGCUGAGGCACACAGAACACUUUUUUAAACACGUCAAAGCCUACGAUUAAGUAAGCAUGUUAAUGGUGUAUUAUGAGCUUAUGUACAUAUUAACUUUGCAUUAAUUAUAACAUUAAUAUCUUAAUUACGCCACUAGAUAUUUUCACCAUGAAUGCAGUCAACAUGAAUUUGCAGAAUGACGAGGCAUAUGACACGUUUCAAUAGUGUCAUUUCAACUCAGUCAUGUAGAUGAGUGCAUUUUGUGAGUUGCACAUAAAAUUGCAUUUGCCGAAGCUGUAUUCAUGGUAAAAAUAUAUAUAUUCUAAUCAGUUGUAUCUAUGGGAGUAAAUACUAUGGGUGAAACGAGGGUCUGGUUGAAAUUCCACCAUCACCAAAAGCAGAUACUUCAUUGUAUUUCAAAUUGCUCCGAGUAUAUCGAGGUGCCCUUCUCCUGUUAAGGACUCGGAACACGACGGCACAUAAUGCCAAUAUUUGCAUCCGGAAGAUUGUUUCCCUAAUAGAGAGAUCAGCAACGGCAGCAGCAGCAUGCAGGCCACCCCAUGUCCCCUCGCUGUAACGAUUUCCAUGGUGGGCUGUAAAUAAGACAGUAAAUAGCACAACAAGGAAUGCGUUGAAAUCUAACACGCAAACCUAAAGGAGAAUGCCCGGGAAUGUGGGUAUCCAUGAGCAGUCAGUUAUAGUUAUGAAACUUUGGUUUCUUGAAACAAUAAAAUUCCAGAAAGCAAAUGUGCCUUGGGAAUUUGAAAAAAAAACUGCAGCGUGCCACAGAGAAACACAUCAAUGAUGCAAAAACAUCCACCGUGCAUGCAUCAUGUUUUAAUAUGAGAUUAGGGUCCUCAUUCAAAAUUUCAGUGCUCCUACCCUGGAGGAACCUCGUGUAUUUUAUAUAUAUAGCAGCACCCCCAUCGUCCACUGAACCCGACACACCCUCACACCACAGACGUUACGUCUCGGAUUUAUCACAGUAGGCGACCCUGACUGCUGUAUUCUCUCUGCCGCUGAAAUGGUUAUUCCGCUCGAUUAAGACGCCCACCCAAAUAUUAAAAAUAUCGAAACGGAAAUGGUGUUGAUAAUCACAGCGGUAGCAACACACAAACACGUUUUUUUUUAAACAAGGCUAAGUGUAGAGUUGACAUCAGACCCAGAAGGGCUUUUAAAGCAGCAGUGCAUGCGAGCUUCCCCCACGCUCCCCGUCGCUGGAACCUGCUGUGCGUUUCUCACGAAAUUUCUGACGACUCGGAUUUCAUCGCUAAACAUCCGUAAGUGGUUCGGUGGUCUGAAGUCAAAGAUUGGCACAAGCCGACUCGUGGCCCAGUGUUCAUUAUGCUGAGCCUCACACCAUCACUACCAGGGAAAGGCAUGGGUGCUAUGACUGUGCCUGUAUACAAACCCUUAAAUCGUACUGUCAUUGUAACUUAAGUAUAUAACAUAUGCAAUGAUGUGUAUUGCCUGUGACAGUUUUACCUCUGCUCAGUAAAGCUUCACUGACGCCUCAAAUUAUUUGGAAAAGGGACAACUUCGUAUCACCAUUUGUGGUGGUACAAAUUCUGCAUUGGUACACACAGCUCUAUUGCUGGCCUGCUAACAGAUCCGCGAAAUUAACCAUCUGCUGUGGAUAUUAAUAAUUCCUUAAAAUAACAGGCCAAGCUUUCUGCAGAUCAGCAAAGUCAAAUUCCACAUACACUACAGUUGUAGUUUAACAUUGCUUUGAUAACCUGGGCAAAUUUGCAACGCUGAUCACAGCUAAACUUCAGUUAUAUUCAUUUUUUUACAAAAGUCACCUGACAAGAAAGCUGUAAGUACAUCUCUAUGUACUUUGAAAGAUGUAAACAAGAACCCACCACCAUCAAUGCUCGUGUCACCACUACCAAUACAUUGUAUCUGUCACCACCACUGCCACCACGAUUACCAAAAACAUGUUAACAACCCACUAGGGUUGUUGAAUUGUUAUAUUUUUCAAGAUCAAUAACCGCAUGGAAAAUGGUUAAAACUGUAACUGUUUUACGGCACAUUGAAAUGAAUAACAAUUUAAAAUGUUGAAAUAAAAAACGAAGGGAGCUGCCGUGACGUUGCAACCCAGAGGUUGCUCGUUUGACGCCAUGUCCCGGCACGGGAAUUUAAACAGGGAUGCACAUUUCUUAAAUUCCUCCCUCCCCCCGCGCUUCUGUCCAGGUCGCGUGCGGUGGGGUAAAGUGUGGGUACUUCCACAUUUUACAAUGUUUGGUCAGUAGGGCUGCACCUUUACAUCUUAAAAGAGAAACAAGGACACAUGUACCACGCGGAGACUUAGGUCUGCUGCUGGUGCCUUACGAUUGCUACCGUGCGAUUUGAGCUAUUCCUGACUUUCGGAAUCGGGAAUCAAUUCUUAAAACAAUUACCGGUUAACUGAUAUAUAUCAUUUAACAACCCCAGCCACCAACAACCACGAAUCAAUGCCUCAAAGAACAUGUCUUCAUUGUGAAUAAGAGUUUUGUGGACAGCACAGCCACCUGUGCACACUGUCACAAGGAUGGCAACGUUGCUACAAUUAAGAGGAAUCGCUUCAAAGCUGUGGUGAGGCAGUGGUAGAAGCAGGGAUUGUCUGGGAUACUGGGAGUUGUCGGGCUAUCAAACUACCAACAGUAUUCUGCUGAUACAAACUGUGCCAAGUCUGCAGUGGCCGAAUUCCAGGGCCGGCUUACUGACCAAAUGGCUGGGUGCCCAGUCACCUGGACCAAUUGUGGCUGCUGGUGGCACUUGGGCUGCUAACAUGGCACAGAAACUGUCAUACGAUAUGCAGCAGCCAUAUAAAUUAGACAUAGAUUUCGACGAUAUGAAUUCAACUUGGCACAGCUACAGAUUCUCGAGUGCCAUUUCUCAGGCUUCUCCAUCUCCAUCUGGACCAUAUUUAAAUGUCUAGCAGUGCAGUAUUCACCAUUCAAACGUCACAUUGCUUGCUUGGUAAACAUCACAUGAUGUACGGUGGGGAGGAAUGUGUUUAUUAAAAAGUUUACACAUUCCUUUGGCUUCAGAUUUUAGAACGGGGUUAGUGGUUUGUAUACUCUAAUCCUCCCAAUCCCCUUGAUGCAGGUCAACUUUCCAAGUCUACCAAUUAACAGACCCGCCGCAAAGACAGUUGCUUGUAAAGGCAGAAGAGAAACAUUGACAGACGUGAAAACCAGGACUGUGGCCGAAUAAAAAAAACUAUAUGUUGUGUGGCAGACAGUCCAUAAUAAUCAAGCUUCAUUUCCCGAAGUCUGCUGCCCAGCCCAGCCCAAGCAAUGCAGAGUUGUCUCGAUCAUGUUUUGUGUCACUGAUACCAGGUGCCAUUGACCCAACUUGAGAUGAAAAAUACGGAGUGGCACAUUCUACAUUCUUGAAUCCAACUAAUCCAGGUUGUUCAUAUUGGUGGAAUGUUUUUGUGUUAUGCGUAUAACAAGCCUCGUGUGUGUGUGUAUGUUUGUGUCUAAUCAAUUAAAGAACUGUAUAAUAUUAUUGUACCGUAAUACUUAAGAAUAUACGUCUUCACUACCCUUAAUUAAUGAUGACAUAGGUCCGCGCUUAAUUGAAGGCUAGGGGAACACUGUAUUUUUAUUUAUUUAUAUAAUUUUCAAAGGUCAGGCAUUUUGAACGUGACAAUUAUUUCGGUUUUCGAAGAAAGGCGGAGGGCAUAUUAUUGCCUUUGAGCCGCAAUUUAAAGCGUGAUUCACAAAUUUAAAAAAACAGGACUCUAUAAAGUUCAGAAAACCUGACCUUUAAAACUGAAGCUGUACCGCAGGAUUAAGUUAGCGGUGCUCAUUUGUAGGCAUUCCAUGGUCAAUGUAUGACUGUAGAUACUUUUUAAACAAACAUAAAAAAUAAAAAAUAAACUCUUCUGCUUAAA